AUGUCGACAACUUCUUCAGCUGGCGUCAAAGAGCAUGAUGCUGAGAAGGGUCAGUUCAACGCGACUGGCCUCGCCUACGCCGUCAAGGACAUCGACGAGAACUCGUCGGACGAGGAACUUCUCGCCUACCAGAUCUCCCCUCAGGAGACUCGCUCGCUCUUGCGUCGCCUAGACUCCUUCCUUGCACCCAUGGUCAUGAUCCUCUACCUUAUUUCCUUCCUCGACCGCUCCAACAUCGGCAAUGCCUCGACCGGCGGGAUGUUCGUCGACAUCGGCGCCCCCAAGAAUGGCCUUUCGGUCACUACCAGUAUCUUCUAUGCAACCUACGCUGUGACGACUGUCUGGGGAGCGGUCGUCCUCGGGAACGGGUUCAUCCACAACUACGCCUCGCUCGUCGCUCUUCGACUCGUCCUUGGCUUCCUCGAGUCGGCACUUACACCGUGCUUGUUCCUCAUUUUGACCUUCUAUUACCAACGAAUGGAGCUGGCAUGGCGAACGUCGCUCAUGUUCGUCUCGGCGGCAACGUCCGGAGUCGUCGGCGGCCUCAUCGGCGCCGGCUUCCUCAAACUCGACGGCCGGCUCGGAUUGGAAGGAUGGAGACACCUGUACAUCUGGGAGGGCGCUAUCACCAUUCUCAUCGGCUUCGCCUCAAUCUUCUUCAUCGCCGACUCGCCCGCAUCCGCCUGGUACCUCUCCCCUCGCCAGAAGCUCCUCAUGCGCGUCCGCGACCUCCAGGCUCGCCAGUACACCGGCGCAGACGCAUUUUCGUGGGCGGAGGUCCGCAAGGCGUUCACCGAACCGAUCGUCUACCUCUCCGGCCUCACCCAGCUGGGCUUCGACAUCUGCCUCUACGGCUUCUCGACAUUCAUCGUCGUCAUCGUCAAGGCGCUCGGCUACUCGACGAUCAAUUCGCAACUCCUCACGGCACCCAUCUACGCCUGGGCCGCCAUCGUCUACCUCGCCGCCGCGCACAUCUGCGACAAAAAGGACGUUCGAUACUGGCUCAUCCUUCCCCUCGGCCUCGUCACAUGCAUCGGCUACAUCCUCCUCGUUGCGGUCCAGCAUUCGACCGCCGUCUCGCUCUUCGCUUGCUUCCUCUGCGGAACUGGCAUCUACACCGCCGUCGGUAUCAACGUCUCUUGGCUCAACAGCAACAUCGCCGGCGUCCGGAAGCGCUCGACAGCCAUUGGUAUUCAACAGCUCAUUGGUAAUAUUGGCGGAGUAAUUGCCGGUCAGAUCUACCGCUCGCAAGACAAGCCGCACUACCGCCUCGGACACGCCGUCUCGCUCGGCUCGAUGGCGUUCGGCCUCGCCAUGAUGACCGUCAUGACUUGGCUUCUCCGACACCGCAACGCGAAGAAGCUCGCUCUCACCGAGGCCGAGAAGGAGGAGCAGGACCGCCAGGGCGUCACGGGCGACGCGCACUGGUCGUUCAUGUAUGUGUGGUGA